AUGUUUAGUUACCAGUAUAUCACCUCCGAUCAACUGACGGGUUUUGACAAAUACAAGGAUUCUUUAGAAGAUGACGAUGGUAGAUACAUCUUUAUAAAGGGUUUGAUUGGGUCCCAAGUAUUUACGUUUGGGAAUGUCUACGCUCCUAACUCAGCCCAGGCGGACUGGUUGGUGGAGACUAUUGCAAAAUUUGGCAAAUAUGCAGAUGGUACUGUUUUUCUGGGAGGCGACUUUAAUGUUGCAUUAACUCCUACCUUAGACUCCUCCUCUGGUCUGUCUGCGCUUACUAGGUCGUCUCUGAACAGGAUUAAAUCAGCGAUUUCCUCACUAGGAUUGGCAGAUUCCUGGAGAAUGAUGCACGCUGCCGAGAAAGAUUACACCUAUUAUUCAGCUGCUCAUAAAUCUUACCAGCGUUUGGAUUAUAUAUUCCUCGAUAUAAGAUCAUUGCAGUAUUGUGUCGCGUCCACAAUUGGAAGUAUUCUUUUAUCUGAUCAUGCACCUGUUUUCCUUACUUACAAAAUGACGAACCUUCCUAAAGGAGAGUUUAGAUGGAGAUUGAAUGAAACGCUGUUGAAUAGUGCUACUAUUCCCAAAAUGGUGGAGAAGUUGGAAGAAUACUUUCAGUUGAAUGACAAGGAGGAUAUAUCCCCAGUACUCCUUUGGGAUGCCCACAAAUCAGUGAUACGGGGACAGCUAAUAGCCUUGGGCUCUUAUGUCAAAAAGCAGAAACAAGUUAAGAUUGAAGAACUCACAGCAGAGAUUGCCAAACUGGAAAAACAACAUAAAUCACAAUUAAAAGAGGACGUCUUGGCACACCUGGACACCUUGCGUUCGGAAUUAAAAAAUAUACUAAAUACCAAAACGGCCAAAUUAUUUCUAUCCACUCAAUGUAAAUACUACGCCCAUGGCAACAAAGCGUCAAAAUUACUACUGUCCCAAGUGAAGAAAAAGAAAGUGAAGUCUUUCAUAUCUCAUAUCAAGACUACGACUGCACAGACGUACAGUGCAGUGGACACAAAUCCAUUAUCUGUAUAUGUUAUGCAGCAUGUAUGGAACAAAGUUGUACAGGUAGUGCCGCUUUGGAUUGCUCCUAACAUGUUAACUUUCUCUGGAUUUCUGAUGAUUUUAGCAAAUUAUAUCUUCUUGUUCUAUUAUGAUUGGGACUACACAGCAUCAGGUAUUGGCAAUCAGCACAUUCCUAACUGGAUUUGGAUCUCUGCUGCUUUGGGAAACUUUUUGGCGUAUGCAUUAGAUUCAAUUGAUGGGAAACAUGCCAGAAGGACUCAGUCCAGCAGCCCUUUGGGAGAGUUAUUUGACCAUGGGCUUGACAGCUGGACAGCAUCUAUAUUUCCACUGUCUUUGUUCUCAAUAUUUGGAUGUGAUUCAGGAGAAGCUGGAUUAUCACCAAUGAAGAUGUAUUUAGUGACUAGUGUUGUACUAUUCACCUUUAUGCUGUCACAUUGGGAAAAAUAUAACACUGGAAUUCUCUUUCUUCCAUGGGCAUAUGAUAUCAGCCAGUUGUCAAUGACUUUGGUUUACAUCCUCACUGCAAUAGUUGGAGUAGAGACUUUCCAUAAACCAGUGCUCCCACAUGUAUACAUGACUGAUUUUUUAAUUACAUUCCUUGUAGGAUGCAGUUUACUAAUCGCCCUUCCCCAGACAUUGUAUAAUAUUGUUAUAGCUUAUCGCCAGAAAACCCUGCUGAAGGACUCUGUUUAUGAAGGACUUUUACCAUUAUUUUCUCCUUCGAUUUUAUUUAUUUUGCUUACUAUAUGGACAGUUUUUUCUCCAUGUAAAAUCCUGGACAGACAGCCAAGACUAUUUUUAUGGAUGGUUGGUGUACUCUUUUCAAAUGUGACUUGCAGAGUUAUUAUAUGCCAGAUGAGUAACACCAAAUCUGAAGUCUUCCAUUGGCUCCUUUGGCCAUUGACUCUAGUGGUCGGUCUAGCCGUGUCUGAAUAUCUUGGGAUGCUGGAAGAGCCUACUUUCUUUGCCAUGACAGCUUUUGCUACUGCAGCUCACAUUCAUUAUGGAGUUUGUGUGGGGAAGCAGCUGAGCAGACAUUUCCAUAUUUACGUAUUCUCUCUAAAGAAGCGGGAAAUCAUCUGACAAAAACUUUCACCAUUUAAAUGCCUACCUUGAAGAAAUAUGAAGCCUGAAGAUCGAAAGUCUCUGAAUACCUAGUUUUAUAUAACAGCUGUCUACCAUGUGCAGACAUCAUCGUAAUGAACA